AUGUCAGGAUCUCAUGUAUCAGAGUCUAGAAAGCAAGAAUGCAAAUCUGCUUCAACCGAUGUCGUAUUCUUGCUCGAUAGUUCAGGAUCCGUCGGAUCUGAAAAUUUUAAGAAAAUUCUUAACUUUACAAAGGCAAUCGUUUCAAGAUUUACAGUUGGUCCACAUAACACACUCGUCGGAAUUGAAACGUUUGCUUCAACGGUGCAUCAUCAGUUUGCAUUAGAUGCUAACAAAAACAUGGCAACCUUACUAACUGCAGUCGACAAUGUACCAUAUCAAACCGGGGGAACUAAUAUAGAAGCUGCUUUGAAAUACGUCAACGACUAUAGCUUCAAGCCUGGUGGAAGAAGAAAUGCAGAGAAAAUUCUUAUUUUAAUUACUGAUGGUCAAACGUACUCCCCGAAUGGAACGGCAAUUCAAGCGAAAUCGUUGCGUAAAACAAAUAUAAAAGUGUUUUGCAUUGGUAUUGGUCAUUCCAUUAAUUCUAAAGAACUUCAACACAUAAGUUCGGGUGCGGAUCACACCUUCCUAAUUGAAGAUUUCAACUCAUUGACAACUGCAAUAAAAGUAAUGCACUCGGUCAUAUGCAAAGCAAAUAGCAGGAUAACAACAGCCAAGCAGAGCAGAACAGAGGAAAGGAAAAGAAAUGUCACUGCAAAAGCCACAACAAAGCUAAAGACAACCAUGCAAGUUUCAAAAAACAUAAAAGCGCCAGUGUACCUACGAGACGUUAUACAUGGAUUUGAGUACCUAGAAGUGACCGUUCUCUCUAUCGUUUCUGUCAUCGCUAUGGGAGCAUUUGGUUGCUGUUGUCGUUUCUGUUUUAUCUUUGCAAAACGCAAGGAAACAGAGGAGGAAGAAAAGCCGAAACGAAAACCACCCUGUAAACGUCCAAAAGGCUGGCCAUCUUAUUAAGUUAAAGAAUAAAACUCCUAUUACAUUUAACUUACUCAUGCACUGUUAUAUUUACUGGUACAAUUAAAAUCAA